AUGCCCUCUGUGUUAAAACGUAGAAAACCUAAGUUUCCUUUAAUAUUGGUCAAAGAUGUAAAAAAAUACAUCUCAUCCUGUGCAAUCCUCAAUGAUGUCACAUGGCUAAGUUCUCAUCUUGAUUCUCAAUAUAUCAUUUGGAGUAGUCAUCCAACAAUAUUAUCAAUCUCAAAAACUGAAUUAAACACUAAUCCAACAACAAUAUCAUGUUGUACUUUAAAAGAAUCACUUUCUUAUGCACGUUCACUUGUUAACGAGAAUAAAAAUAUUUUAAUUAUAGCAGGAGCUGGUUGUUCUACUGAUUGUAAAGAUGAACAUGGAAAUAAUUUACCAGAUUAUCGAUCAAGUGGAGUACCAGUUAGAGAAGAACUGGAUGAUCCUGCUUUAUUUCUCAGUAACCCAUCACUUAUUUGGGGUAUAUAUACUGAUAAAAUGAAAUUAUUUUUAAAUGGCAUACCACAUCAAGGAUAUGAAAUAAUGUUCAAAUAUUUGAAAAAUUCAGACAAAAAUUUUUAUGUGAUGACGUCAAAUAUCGACUGUCAGUUUUCUAAAAGUGGUUAUAAACAUAUUUAUGAAUGUCAUGGUGCAUUAAACCGUUUACAAUGUUGUGAUUUAAAAUGUAAACAACCAAUAUGGAAUAUCAAUUCAAUAAACGAUUUUAAAUAUUACACAUGUGAAACAUGUAAAAAAAUUGCCCGUCCAAAUGUUAGUAUGCAUAUGGAUACUAAUUUGACAUAUAAUAAUACAAUAAGUACUAAACAAAAACGAAAUUUAUUAAAAUGGAUUAAAAAUAGAAAUAAUUUAUUAAUUAUUGAAAUCGGUUGUGGACAGUCUAUACAUUCUCUUCGUUUGGAAUCAGAUUAUUUAUUAGAAAAAUAUCCUUCAACAACAAAGCUUGUACGUAUCAACAAUAGUAAAGAUGAACAAAAUUUUAUUACAGAUAAAAUUGUAUCCAUUCAAUGUACAGCAGAACAAGCCAUGUGCGAUAUAUUUUCAGAUACUGUAAACUUGAAAUUAUGA